GAGCUACGUCACGUGUACUUCCGCGAAUUGUGGCCGUUGAAAUGUUUACGGCGAAGCUCUCCACUGUUCCGGCCUCACGCCACUGCACUUCAACAUGAACGUCAACGGGAAGACCCGCGACGCCUUCACUCGGCCCGGCCGUUGUUUCCCGAACACCCUGCUUUCUCCGAUUUGGCCUUUUCCCGUUCCUUGGCGCCACUGACUUCCAGUCCCACCGCCAUGUCCACGGAGGAGGCGUGGUCACUGCUGGUCUGGACCUUCGCGGCCGUGAUCGUCCCGGUCGUCAUCACGCUGUGGUGCAGCAUCCAAAGCUCCAAGCGGAAAACGCACAUGAAGCAGUUCUUCCGCCAGAGCAGACAUGGCUGGCACUACACGGACUUGUUCAGUAAGCCCACCUACUGCUGCGUGUGUUCCCAGCACAUCUUGCAGGGGGCCUUCUGUGAUGGCUGCGGCGUGUGCGCUGACGAGCAGUGCUUGCGUCGGGCGGAUCGGGAGCUGUCGUGCAAGGAGAUUAUGGCACCCUCCCGGGCGGACGGAGUUGUGUUCCACCGAUGGGUCAGGGGCAACGUGCCCCUGGCCAGCUACUGUGUUGUGUGCAAGCAACAGUGUGGAACGCAGCCGAAGCUCUGUGAUCUCAGAUGUGUGUGGUGUCAGACCACAGUGCAUGACGAGUGCAUGGACAGUCCAUUGGAUGCAACCCAGUGUAACCUGGGCGAAUUCCACAACCUCAUCAUUCCUCCUCAUUAUCUUUACCAAGUCAACAAGCUCCGCCGUAGACACGCUGACGAGUACAAAAAGCUUGCGAUGGACUGUGGGGAUGGCUGGACUCCUAUUCUGGUUUUGGCCAACACGCGUAGUGGAAACAACAUGGGGGAGGCUUUGCUGGGCGAGUUUCGCAGCCUCCUCAACCCCGUGCAGGUUUUUGACCUGUCUCAGCUUGCACCUGCCAAGGCCCUUCAGCUCUGCACCCUGCUCCCUCCUGGCUGUGUCAGGGUGCUAGUGUGCGGAGGUGAUGGCACAGUGGGAUGGGUGCUCGACGCCAUUGACAGUAUGAAGCUGAAGGGUCAAGACCAGUUCAUUCCAAGAGUGACCAUCCUCCCUCUCGGAACAGGAAAUGACCUUUCCAACACUUUGGGCUGGGGUGCGGGCUAUGCUGGGGAGAUCCCCGUGGAACAGGUUCUCCGCAACAUCCUGGAUGCUGGGGUGGUCAAAAUGGACAGAUGGAAAGUGCAAGUGUCUUCUAAAGGCCUCUCGAUUCGAAAACCAAAGGUUCUGUCCAUGAACAACUACUUCUCUGUGGGUCCCGACGCUCUGAUGGCGCUCAACUUCCACACACAUCGUGAAAAGACACCCUCUUUCUUUUCCAGUCGUAUCAUCAACAAGGCUGUGUAUUUCUUGUAUGGCACAAAGGACUGUCUGGUGCAGGAAUGUAAAGAUCUGGAUAAGAGGAUUGAGCUAGAGCUUGAUGGUGAGCGAGUUGUGUUGCCCAGCUUGGAAGGAAUCAUUGUUUGUAACAUUGGCUACUGGGGGGGUGGCUGCAGACUCUGGGAGGGAAUGGGCGACGAGCCCUGUCCCCCCACACGGUUGGAUGACGGUCUGCUGGAGGUGAUGGGUGUGUUUGGCUCCUUCCACUGUGCUCAGAUCCAGGUCAAGAUGGCCAACCCGGUACGACUGGGACAGGCCCACACUGUCAGGCUGGUCCUUAAGAGCUCCACGAUGCCAAUGCAAGUGGACGGCGAGCCGUGGGCGCAAGGCCCGUGCACCAUCACCAUCACCCAUAAGACGCAAGCUCUCAUGCUUUACCACAGCUCAGAGCAGACGGAUGAUGAUGACGACGGCGACUCGAGCGCCUCUGAGACCGAGAGCCCCACCCCUCAGGAUUCACCCAGGCCCCCCGGGGCAGCGACCGCUCGUGCUUGACCCAUCCAGCUGAUUUUCCAAAUACUCUGUCAUCACAUGUACCGGUAAUCUGUGUUUCAUCGGUUCUUUCCAUUGCCAAUUGCCAAUUGAAAUGGCCGCUCACACCUAGGGACAAUUUUGUGUUCAAUCAGCCUGCCAUGCUUUUUGGAAUGUGGAAGGAAACCGGAGUACCCGGAGAAAAUCCACACAGGCACGGGGAGAACAAGCAAACUCCUCAGAAUAAGGCAGGAUCGAACCCCGACCUCUGCACUGUGAGGUCGACACGCUAACCACUGGCUCACCGGCCUGCCCGUGGCAGUGUUACUUCAAGGGAUCAAAGAAAUGUGAUCGCACCAAGUUGAUAAGAACGGCAGUACACUGCGGGGUAGUUAAAAAUAAGCAGCUAUCUUAAACGUUCAAUUUGACGCACGUAAGCACAAGCACAUUACAAAUACCGAGCAAUGUGCAUGCUUUCACGGCUACUGCAGAGAGCCCUGACAGUCCUCGAUGGCCAGUGGCGGAGGAAUUCCACGGCCACUCAAUUCAGGGUCUUCAGUAUUUCCUUUUAUGAAUGUAAAAGUGUUGUAAAGUGGAAUGUGACACAAGUGUCACUUUUCACCACCAAGAUGCGAGUAUAAAAGCGGUUGAAAUCACUUUUAUAGUCCAAAAUAGUCAGUGAAGAUCCUGAAGCUCAAGCUAAUGGUGUCAGCUCAGUGUCGUAUUUAUAAUGCAACACUUGACUAAAAUGGAGUCAUAUGUCAUUUUUGUAUUGAUUAAAAAAAAAUCAAUAACCAAUCGAAAAUGGAACUAACAAAUGAUACACAGAUUAAAUCUACUUUAAAUUCAUUUUUUUUUCUUUCCUUGUAUUUUAAAUUUCUCCUUUCCGACAGUCAAGUCAGGUGAGGUUGCAUGGGAAAGACAUUGCUGUAGUACUGUACUUGCACUUUCCCACGUGGUGUCCUAAUUGCCAACUAAAUUGUGUUAAUUUAUGUUCUUUGAAUCGAGACACAUUGCCAUUUUACAUCUGCACAGAUUGGAGAACUCCAACGUGUUGGGCUUUAACCCCUCCAAGCUGCAGGCAAUGUUGGGUUACAUACAAUUGAUGCCAUUUUGAAAGUUACGAGGACUAAAAUCACAAAUUUAAGCAAGUGAGACAGAUUGAAUGCCAACAAUUUUUUUUAAUACUAAAAGUAUUUCUCCGGCUUUAAAAAAAAGCAUCAUGACAAAACAUGGCUAUUCUUUUUUUUUUGUUGGUGGCAAGGGGGGUAAUGCUGAAAAACAAUUAUUGGUUGAAUUUAACCAUUAUCUUGACAGGCAACAUUAUUUAUUUUGCUUUUGUGGACCAUUUUACACGUCAAUCACUGCUGGUAAAAUCGUCACAUGGUUGCUUGGAGAGAAAGUAAACUUUAAUUUAUAUCCAGUAGCUCUUUUCCCAAGGACUCUUGGUUGAGUUCAUAGGCUCUGCAUAGCUGUAUUCAAGUAAACGUUUGUUUUAUAUUUGUGACAUAUUUUAUCAAGAUGUUUAUUUUCCUGUUGCUAAGGCCAUAUUUUAAAUGAUAGCCUCCAGUAAUAGUCAAUCCAUGCCUCUUUCUGGAAUGUGCACAUCAUUGGCUUUUAAAACUUUCAUGAUGUGAUUUUCUUGUUGUUGCUGAAUGCCAACUUGUGUAAGACCACCUAGUUUGACUUGGGCAUCCGUGUUUACCAGUAUUUGUUCCGACGCGCUGAAUUUUUAUUUUUUAUUUUUUACUAGUUUCGUGUUUGUGGCAGAUUAUUAGCCAUGUUUGCGUCAGGGCUUUUGUCUCCACCCCACAACCCCUGCCCCAAGAAUGUCGAGCAACAAACAAGCCGAUGGAAAUGUCGACCUCUCGGGGUCUAAUGUCACAGCGACAAAUGAAUCGAUGACACCUAAACACCAACUGAUUCAUGAAGCAAAUAUGAAGCUUCAUUUUCCCUUCACAAUUGCCUUUAGUCAGCUGGAUUGGCUGUCAGACACCUGUGACAUUAGUAUGGUGUAGAAAAUGAAUGGAUGAAUUUUAAACUCGACUGCCUUUAUAUUAGGUACCCCUGUAUAAGGCCUUUCUGAAAGCCUCUGCCUUAGAAAAUAAUGCUUCAGAGCAGUGGUUCUUAACCAGGGUUCGAUCGAACCCAAAGGGGUUCGGUGAAUCGGUCUCAGGGGUUCGACCUCGCGGGUUCUAACGUCACAGCGACAAGUGAAUUGACGACAUUAGACCGAGGCGUUUAGUUCAUAGUCUUAUGGUGCCAAAGCAUCGUUCAACAAUGAUAACACAAAAAUGCUUGCAACACUGACUCAGAUGACUGCUAGGUUGCCUAAUAAUUUUUUUGUUUUUGGGGUGAAGAGCCCCGGAAUGUAUGAAUGUGAUUGUACUGGUUAUUCAGAAUCUCCCUACUCAAUUGUGUGCUUUUAGGAUUUUGAAGCAGUAUUUGUAUAAAAUAUUUUUAGACAAAAUGAGUGAUAUUCUUGUCAUAUUGUGUAUCAAAUCCGAUUCCCCUAGCAUAGCUUAUACACAUUUAUUUUCCCCUUUUUUUUUGCAUUCAAAAUAUGUAUUUGUGCAUUUUCACCAUGAUGUUUUAUAUAUAGACACCUACAUUAUUAACAGGUGUUGGUUUACUCUGUUGAAUAUCCAUCUGAACCUAAGGACCGAUAGUAUUGUGUAUGAUUCUUUUAGUUUGAAACUGUCCUGUAGAUGGAGGAAAAAAACUGUUUGGCACUACUCCUAAAACAGAAAUGAAAAUGCAAGUGCAGUAUAGUGUUGAAAGUGUUUAAUUUUAGAACAGUAGGAAGGCUCUGUUAAUUUGUUACUUUGGAUGUUAUCAUCCGACUGGCUUGAAUGUAAGUUAGGUGACGUUUAUGGAUUUUGAUUAUUUUCCCAUAAAAAUUUUCACAUUAAA